AUGAUUGCUCUUCACAACCGCCUCCGGACAUUAGACUUUGACCUCAAGGGCGAUUUGUCUUUCUUUCAAAACUGGACUUUCUUCAUGCCCGAGGAUUACAAGUCGGAAAUCGGCGAAUUGAUUCCUACGGGACCAUACGCUGGUUCUCUCGGUGCAUUCCAAGCGGGCGUCACCCUCCGAACACGUUACCCAGAUCUUCGCGCUACGGCAAUUGCUCGCAACCAAACCAAUACCUGGGCUGCAGACUCUCAUCGCGUAGUCGAGACUGCAAAGCACUUUGCUGGCGGCUUCUGGGGCGUGGACUGGAACAGCGAUAUUGCAAAACUGCAUGUUAUACCCGAGACUUCGGGACUAGGUGCCGACACUUUGACGACAGGCAACACCUGCAAAGCCUACCUCGAACCACACAAUCCUGAAGGUCGGCAUAAAGGUUUGCACAAGCUCAAAGAAUGGCAAAGGGUUUAUAUACCGCCCAUCGUUCAACGUUUGGAGCAACAGAAUCCAGGCUUGAAUCUGAGUAUCCAUGAAGUCUUCUCCAUGCAAGAACUUUGUGGUUUUGAAUUGCUCGCCCGAGGAAGCAGUCCCUGGUGUGAUGUCUUUACACACGACGAGUGGCGAGAUUUCGAGUAUGCUAGGGACAUACUCCAUUACUAUCGCACCGGUCCUGGAAACAAGUAUUCUGCAGGCCGUGGCUUCCCCUUCUUGAACGCUACUGCCAACCUUCUUUCAGCUGGUGAUUCAGCUGGAUCCCUCUUCUUCAGUUUCGUGCAUGAUGGAGAUAUCUUGCCUUUGCUGUCUGCGCUGGAUCUCAUUCCAUCGGCUGAAGAUUUACCCACGGAUCGGGCACCAGAAGACAGGUUAUGGAAAACCUCUUCAGUCGUCCCUAUGGGCGGAAGGAUGGAGUUUGAGCGUAUGGUGUGUCCUUAUGUUUACUGUCACUCAAACGCUCCACUCUAUCCGAAUCAUGUAUACUGCGAUCCGCCUCAUCCAGAACCUUAUGUUCGUGUCGUCGUCAAUGAUGGCAUUGUCCCUAUACCUGGUUGUGACGAUGGACCAGGAAAGAGUUGUCCCGUGGCUGCUUUCGAGAGAAAGGUCAUGCUAAGAGGUUGGGAAGUCGGUGACUUUGGACGUUUGUGUGGGUUGGAGGAAGGAGCAGCUGAUAAGAUUACUUUCUUGCACCAAUAG